CUUCAAACCACGACUCCAAGAUCAACAAAUCAAAAUGAAUCUGCUCAGUUUCUUGUUCCCGCUUGCCGUGGCCGCUGUAAGCAUAGGCCUGCCACCUUCGGACAAGGUGUCUAUGUCGGAAGCGUUUACUCUACACAUCGAGCUCGCCGACAAGAGAAUAGAUCUCCCAAGACCUGUUCAAAACACAUUUGUGUCUGUAAUGCACGUUGGUGCUGGUCUGAAUGUCCUCACCUCUUUACCAGACAAGAAUGGUGCCAAAACAUUCUAUGUUAACGCCACAGUUAACGACGAUCCGACAACGUACAGAACAUUUACUGAUUGUGGAAACCCUCCGACACCUUUUGGUAUCAACUUGAUUCCUGAUGAACUCGAAAAAUACGUGCGCACUGCAUAUCUACGACCAUCACGGGGAUACAACGGAACGUACAUUAAUGGAUAUACCGCGGAACUGACGCCUGCCAACUGGCUUGCCUGCGAUGAGCCUGUCGAAUAUUACGGGGGUCGACAUUUCAAUGUUCUCAAACAAGUGUAUUACGAGCCGUAUCCAACUCCCAGAGAGUGUGUUGCUGUUAAGCUUUUCGCAGAGUGCGCAAAGUUGAACAAGUUACCUAAGGACGCCGAGUCCAAUCAUGAUUUUGUCAAGGCGGUGACUUGUUUUAGGAAGUAAAGAAGGCGUGGACACGGAAUAUUUCUGUUCAAUAUCUUGCUAGUGUGGCGGCCUCCAAAAGAAAUAUGUAACUAGACUUGCUGUCUUCCACGCUGCGGCUCUCAUACCUCUUCAUCACUAUUAUACGUGGAC